CAGUGUUCGGCGAGCUUCCAUCGCAUUCGUUCUAGUGAUUCGGCUGAAGUUGCGGCCGCCCUCGAGACGCCAAAUAGUGCCUUUGACUUUGAGCGGACGAAUCAAAAGCGUCGGACAAUGGCGGACGAGAGCCACGACAACGGCACGACUAAUGGCGACGUGCCGGAGAUCGAGCUGAUCAUUAAGGCUUCGACGAUCGACGGCCGCAGGAAAGGAGCGUGCCUCUUCUGCCAGGAAUACUUCAUGGACCUGUAUCUUCUGGCCGAGCUGAAGACCAUCUCCUUGAAGGUGACGACCGUCGACAUGCAGAAGCCACCGCCAGAUUUUCGCACCAAUUUCCAGGCGACGCCGCCCCCGAUACUGAUAGACAACGGCGACGCCAUCUUGGAGAACGAGAAGAUCGAGCGUCACAUCAUGAAGAACAUUCCCGGUGGUCACAAUCUAUUCGUUCAGGACAAGGAAGUCGCCACUCUCGUGGAGAAUCUCUACAGCAAGCUGAAGCUGUUGCUGCUCAACACCAAGGACAAGGAUAAGGACCCGAAGUCCUCCUCGCUGAUGGCCCAUUUGCGGAAGAUCGACGAGCACCUCGGCCGCAAGGGGACGCGGUUCCUGACGGGGGACACAAUGUGCUGUUUCGAUUGCGAGCUCAUGCCGAGACUUCAGCACAUCAGGGUCGCCGGGAAGUACUUCGCCGACUUCGAGAUACCGGGCACCCUGGUCCACCUUUGGCGAUACAUGCACCACAUGUACAGGCUCGACGCUUUCCUGCAGAGCUGCCCCGCGGACCAGGACAUCAUCAACCACUAUAAACUGCAGCAGAGCAUGAAGAUGAAGAAGCACGAGGAACUGGAGACGCCAACAUUCACCACGAGCAUCCCCAUCGAAGUGAACGACGAUUAGGUCGCUUCUAGAACGUCGUUUAUCACCUUAUCGAACACCGUCAGGAGACGUCGGCGUCGGCGAUAUCGACGUUUCUCCCGCAAAUCGAGAGUAAUCCGGAGGGGAGUCUGUCAAAAUUCGGACACAUUUAGCACGGCAUUUGGACGAGCCACGUUCCGUCCCGAUCGCCGAUCGAUCGUUGAUCGAUCGCAUUGACGCCAGGCCCGUGGAAAAUUACAAUAAUGAAUAAUCGCCCGGCAACAAGGGGCACGCAAUCCGAUGGAGCCGCAAUGACAAGGAUUCCCCGAUUAACAAGGACCUACGGCGAAAGGCCUAUCUGACAAUUGACAACAGCUAUUCAUUUUUUUUUUUUUUAUGCCACGAGGCGAGAGAGAACUCUCGAACCCCGUGAAUGUCUAGGGGUGGGUUCUGAGAUAUGUGAUUUAACCCUCUCCCCUGGAAUUGAAUUAUUCCAAAUUUCUAUUUGUUUGGUUUUGUUUGUUCUUUUCCAACAAUUCUCGUUAGUUUCCUUCGUUGAGGGAGAUUUCAACGAAGGGUCCACCUUGCGAUUGAUGUCUGCAUUUUUUACGGUACGUUCCCGUGAACUCGAGAUGCACAGUGCUCCUUCCUCCCUGGAAUACCCGUUUUAUACUUAGAAAUCGAUGUUUUCAUAAUCGGGGAGAAUCGAGAGUAGUUAUUACGUCGGGUUCGCAUUAUGUAUCGUUCGCCAGGUGGACGUUGGUAAUCUUAAAGGGAGGUUCCUGAAUGAUCUAAUACAGGAUGAACAAACAAUAAGGGGGCGAUGAAUAACAUUCAGGGGGUGCACUUUUUAAAUCAAUGAACCUUCAAGUACGUAGUCCUCGAAAUUGGAACCCCAGGCUUAAUGAGAGAAAGCUCCGCAGAAUUUGGAAACCUUAACAAACCUUCGUCGCUUUUGACGGUUCGAAUUGGGCGUUUGUUUUUUUUUUUUCCUUUCUCUUUCUACACAUUUCAGUGAUAAUUUAAUGUGGGAAACAAGCGAAAUGGAACGUUUGAAAUACAUAUAUGUAGUAGUAUUUAUGUUACAUGUAUAUAGUAUCCGAAAUCCGCGGCAGUGGAAUUACUGUUACUCGUUUAUAUCGAAUAUAUAAAGAUUGUAUAUUAGACAUCAGGGUACGUAUGACUUGAGCCGAUUUGGAAUAAUUAUAUCGCAAUUAUAGCGAAGUAGCUAUGACGAAUAUCGAGCACUGUGUUUUCCCUUCCUACCUAUUAAAUGUAAUACAUUUAAUGACCAUCCCGAUCUCGAGAAUACUUUCGCUCGUCCCUGCUCAAAAUUGCAAUCUUGUUUCAGCCAUAAGUCGAGCGUAGAAUAAACGAGAGACCCUUCCAAAGAAAAUUUCAAUGUUCAAUGGAAAUCCUUGCAAUCAAUAUCUCUGCAUACCCUGACAGGCGUGUCUUGUUAAAUGCAAUCGAUUAUCUUCCAACGGUUCCAAGCUCAGGUUUCCAAUUUCUGUGUAACGAGGUGGUACUUCCUUUUUAUAAAACAAUUGUACAUGAGCCAGCCUCUUCAUUCGCAUGAUCGGUAUCAAGGGAAGAAAAUGUGUCGGCCUAAGAGAAAAAUCAUCCUAAGGCUUUAGCCAAGGUGCGAUCGGUCGUACGAAUCGUGCUUCGCGCGAAUUCUAUAAUUAGCGGUCUCAUUAUAAAUAUAUAUUUCUCUCGACGUAAACGGCCGAGAGAGAACGAAAGUCAACUAACUUUCCCCAUGAUAGAUCCAAGAAUCUUCCGGGGAAAUUGUCCGACUGAGAUUCCCUCUCGUUUCCGUUUCGAUUAGUCGAGUUAACGGCGAACACUGACUACCGCUAUUCCGUAUUAUUAAUAUUAAUAACGAUUAUCGUAUCGCUAUACAUAUUUGGUUUGUACUCAUAGGAAUUAAUAUACCAGUGUUUACAGUAA